AAAAAACCAGGAAAUAGAAAAAUGCCACGAAAUCCACGUUCAUCAUCAUCAUCAUCAACAUCAUCAUCAUCAAAUCACAAUUCACAACAACAUAAUCUACCUACUACGAGAAAUUCACGUAAUAACAUUGUCUAUAAUCAUCAUCAUCAUCAUCAUCAUCCACAACAUACAAAUUCAUUAUCAUCAUCAUCAUAUGCGACCAUGCCAAAUACUCGUUCAUCGAGAUCUAUUUCGAAUAAUAGCCGUACAUGUAAAAUUACUACAGGAUCAAUUAUGAAUCCACAAUUACGAAAUCAUAAUGGUGUCGGUACAGGUCCAUCAUCAUCUUCUUGUGCGGCCACCAACAACACCGCCUCAUCAUCAACGUAUCAUCAUUCUUUACCAGUAUCUGGACAACAAUAUCAAAAUCAAGAAUUUUUUGGCUUACAACAUCGUAUGUCUGGUCAUUUUGAAAACAAUAGCAACACAACUAAUCCAUCAUCAUCAUCGAUUUCAUUGAAUUCAUAUCAACAACAGCAACAAUCAAAUUGUGCAAAAGUUUAUUCAAUGCCUUUAUUGGAUGAUAUUACUGGUGCUGUUGGUGGUGGUGAUAAUACUAAUACUAAUAAUAAUAAUUCCAUAAUGACAUUGCCAUCAAUAGCAUUCGAUAAAUACAUUAUUCAACCUAGUUUUGUAAAAUUUAUAAAGCUUAAUUCAUAUGAAGAACUUCGAACCUUAAUAAAACCUCAAUAUAUAAAUAAAUUAGGCGAAUCACAUCGAUAUUCGUUUCGUUCAACAUUGGUAUCAACAUUACCAUUGGGUGAUCAAUUUAAAGUAUUUCUUCGUUUCUGUAAAUACUCUACCAGUACUUGUGAACAAAUGGAUUGUUUGCCAAAAUCUUUUAAUUUAACAAUCAAUGAUUGCACUUUUACGAUAAAAAAUAAAUAUACAUUUGCACCAUAUGAUAUAACGCAAAGGAUAGCAUCGGAAAAAAAUGAAAUUUUCAUCAGAGCCACUAUUUCUGAUCAGAAUGAUUUUUCUGACAAUUAUUAUUAUGGUGUUUUCCUGAUGAGAAAAAUCGAUCAUAAAAAUUUACUCAAAUUAUUAAAAGAUAAAGGUCCAUAUGAUACGAAAUUAUCGAUUGAUUUAGUUAAAAAGAAAUUGCAUAGCGAUGAUGACGAUGUUAUCUGCGAUAAUGUUAUGAAAGUUUCACUUUUAUGUCCGCUUACCUCAUUACGAUUGAAGAUACCAUCACGUUCUAAACAUUGUGAUCAUGUCCAUUGUUUUGAUGGCGAAGCUUUCAUUUCGAUUAAUGAUAUUACACCUAGAUGGAAAUGUCCUAUAUGUAAGAUUUAUAUUAAAUUUGAUGAUUUAAUUAUCGAUGGACUAGUCUCUCGUAUACUACAGAAUUUGCCACAGGAAUCAAAUGAAGCUCAAAUUUUUCCUGAUGGUACAUUUGAAUGCUUAAAAAAUGGUGUUCAAAUCAACAGUAAAGAAUCACAAAAAGAUUCAUCUUCUUCAAAUCUUAAACGAAAUGGUUCAGAUUCUUCAUUAUGUUCAAAUAAUCAUGAAGAUAAAAAACCUAAAUUGGAUUCAAAGUCAACAACAACGGACAGUACAAAUAAAAAGCCUGCAAUUGAAUGGAUCACUAUUGAUAGUUCAGAUGAUGAUAAUGAUGAUGGUGUUGAUAGUGAAAAGAAUAACAAUUCGGAUAAUAAUUCUGAUGCAAGUAGCAGUGCUACGAUUAUUUCACAAACUGAUUAUUCAAACUAUCCACGUGUUGAUUCCAUUUCAUCGAAUGAUAAUGAAUUUAAAAUGGAUGAUGCUGGUGACGAUUCAGAUGAUGAUUGUAUGAUUGUUUUUGAAAAGAUUAACAAUACAGCUAAUAACAAUAACAAUAAAGCUCAUAAUCGUAAAUCAAGAUUUUCCAAUCAUUCAUCAUCAUCUGGAGGUGGCAAUAAUAGUAGCAGCAGUAGUAAUCAGACCAACAAUACAAAAUCUCAUGGUGGAAAUUCUACGACGACAACAACAACAACAGCUGAUGGGCUUGAUAAAAUGACAAAUCCAAAUUAUAAUAGCGGUCAACAUCAUCAUCAAGCUACUUUGACGAAUCAUUCAAAUUCACAACAAAAUGCUAACAGUAAUAGCUACGAUAGUAAUAGUAUUGCUAAUCAUCAAUAUUCACCACAACAACAGAAUCAAGAAACAAGAUUAGAAAAUCCUUUGUAUCCGACACCUACAACAGCUUCUUCAAACUAUGAUACAAAUUCCAAUUCAAAUCCAAAUGUCGAUGCUGCUUCUUCAUCAUUAUCAUCAUCAUCAUCAUCAUUGGGAAAUUCAACAACAAAUUAUUAUCGAUGUAAAGCAUCAUUACAAUAUGCUCAAUUUAAGCAACAACAAAGAUCAUACAAUAAUGGAAUUCAAAAUCAACAUGGUCAUCAUAUGAAUGGCGGUAACAUGCAACAACAACAAAGAACUAAUCAACCAAAACUUGGAAUGCCAGCAGUUGAUUUAUGUAUUCGUGCUCCUAUGCAUCAUCCAAAUGCAAUUGUUAAUCAUCACCAUGUUCCAAAUUCAUUAUCAACAACACAGCAGCAGAAACCACCAAUUAUUAAUCAUAAUGAUGGAACGAAUAAUUGUUAUUUAAAUUUUCAAAAUACAAAUGGUGGAAACCAUUCGAAUUAUGCCCCCCAAAGCCUUAAUCCACGAAUCAAGAAUUUUAUAGCAGCUCAACAGCAGCAGCAGCAAUUUCAAUGUUCACAAUCAGUAUCUACUAACAACAAUGCACCAUUGUUGAGUCAUUAUUUGACACAAACAUCGAGCACAGUAACCACCAAUAGUAAUAGUUCAACAGCAACUACAACUAAUGGCCAUCAUCAUUACAAUAAUAACGGCGCUGGUCACCAUCAUCAUAAUCCAUUCAUAGAACAUCAUCAUCAUCAUCAUCAUUCUAAUUUUGAUGAUACAAAUGGCAAUACUAUCUCUGGUAAUCCAUUUAUUAAUAUACAUCAUCCGUCGCCGUUGUCGCCAUCAUCUUCGGCGGCUGCAAAUUUUUCCACUAAUAGCAAUUUGACAUCAUCAUUUAUUGGUUCGAACAGCAACAGCAGCAACAACAACAACAACGCUAAUAUUUGCCCAAUAAUCAAACCCGAUCCUGGAGCAUUUACAACAGCUUCUGACCUAUUCAGCCCAAACGAUAUGAAUUUAACCGCCGAUCCAUAUUGGUUAUUCGCUGAUGUAAAUAAUCCAUUAAGUUUAGCUCUUGGCAAUGAUCUGAAUCCUUUUCUUCGUUCAACAUCGGCAUCAUCGUCAUCAUCAUCAACAAUGACUAUAAAAGAACCACCAACACCAACAAAUCUUUCAUCUGUUUCAUCAUCAUCAUCUGCGAUCAUCAACAAUUCAUCCAUGAUCAAUGUUCAAUCAUCAAAAUAUUCAUUAUUACAACCUCGAUGA